AAAAUACUUUAUCCUUAAAAAAAUUGGAAUGGCUUACCUGGGGUGGCACAUUGCUCCAUACACUAAACAAAGCGUAUCGAUGACUCGAUCCCUUCCCCGUAAGGCCGUAAUCCGAACCAUUUGGUCAAAACAAACGAAGCAGAAACCUCCUCCUCCUCCCUGCCUCUCGCACGCACCGGGCACCACUGGCCGGGUCGUCUCCAGAGCCUCCGCCCUCCGCUCCGCAUCUCGCCAUGUGCGGUGGGUGCUGCCGCCGUCAAAGCGACCCCGACGGGAGUCCCGCCGGAGGAGGAGGAGGUCGUCGGGGGUUCUGCGGGCCCGCGCUCGCCGCCCUGGCCCUGGCGGCCGCCGCGGCGGUCGCGUUCCUGGAGGGCACGGCCGGCGGGGUCUACUACGCGGGCGAGGGGUGGCUGCACGAGUGCGCCAAGUGGGACGCCGAAGGCGGCCGGUUCCUGGUGUCCACCUUCUUCGGCGCCGGCGUCACGGAGGUGCGCGGCGGCGGGGUGGCGGAGGAGCGGGUGGUCCUGGCGGACCCCGACGCGGCCGGGAGGGUCGCGCUGGGGCUCGCCGUCGACGCGCCCCGGCGCCGCCUGCUCCUGGUCUACGCCGACCGCCUGCCGCGGCUCGGGUACGCCGCGCUGGCCGCCUACGACCUCGGCUCGUGGCGCCGCCUCUUCCUCACCCGCCUCGACGUGCCAGGCGAGUCCACGUUUCCCGACGACGUCGCCGCCGACGAGGACGGCAACGGCUACGUGACCGACGCCAGGGGUAGCAAGAUCUGGAAGGUGAGCCCGGACGGCGCGCUGCUGGGCGUCAUCAGGAACGCCACGUUCACGCAGCGGCCGGGGGCGCGGCACAACCUCAUCGGCCUGAACGGCAUCGUGCACCACCCGAACGGCUACCUCCUCGUCAUCCACACCUCCGGCGGCGACCUCUUCAAGGUCGACCCGAAGACGGAGACGGUGCGCGUCGUGAAGGUGCAGGGGUCGCUGAGGAGAGGGGACGGGCUGGAGCUGCUCUCCGCGACGAGGCUGGUGGUCGCCGGCAUGCCGAGCCGGCUGGUGGAGAGCUCCGACGACUGGGAGACCGCGAGCGUCACCGGGCAGUACGUCGGGCCGAUCCACCGGGUGGGGGCGUCGGCGACGGUGAAGGACGGGGACGUUUACAUCAACCACAUCUUCGGGUUCGGGCUCGGAAAGAAGAAGACGCACGUUCUUGCGAAGGCGGUGUUCACGCCGUUGGUCGCGGCGAGCUGACGGCCGGCCGGCGCCUCGCACUUGUGAGAUCGGCUCUCGCUGUCGCUGCUUUGCUUAAGCAGUUAAGCGGCGGUUCAUAGUAUAACAGAUUAUCUUUAAGUUCAAAAAAAUAGCAACAGAUUAUACUUGCGUGUGAUAUAGAUGCCCAAACUUUUCAUUGUACAAUUAAUUUGUUUGCUUGAAGCUACACGAUUGUUCUGUAUGCAUCAUGCAAAGGAUGUACACGGAUCAUUUCUUUGGUCAAUUCGUAGUUUUGAUACCGCGGUGAUAACUGA